AAUUUUCGAACUUCGUGCGGUGGUUUUUUAAACAUUUAGUUUCAAAAUACCUCCAAAAAUGUCUUAUGCCGUGUCCACCCCCACGCGAUGCGAAAUCUUCAUGAAGGUUUUCGCUAAUCCUAGAAGCUGGUUAUUCUUUUUUGGAAUCCUGCUGAUAGCAGUAUUGGCAAUAACAGAUUCCUUUAAGGGAGUGUACGAAAUUUGGAACGUUGGAGAAGACUCGACAACUUACCCGGGUGUGAUUAUCAACGCUUACGUGAUUUUAUACAUUACGUACCUGCACAUCAUCACCAUAACACCGAUGUUGCGGAAUCUGGUGUGCCUCUUCAACUUGCUGGUGCUUACGGUUUUAUUCCGACUUGCAGUGUUUUGUACGUUUAUUCCAAUUGAGAAGACGGCGGUGGCUGCAGUAAGCUCAAUGAUUGGAUGUGUGAUGGCUACAAUGAUGGUCUUCGGCGACUUUUUGUUCAUUGAGAAGUGGCAGAAAGGUGUAGUCGAAGUAAUCGAAAUUCAAGACGAAGAAAUAUUGGAAUAAUUAUUCAAUGUGGCGCUUAAUUUUUUAUAUUCAGUUAUUAUGCUUUCAUUCUGGUAGAUUAGUUUUAUAUUGUACUAUAUAUCAAUUAUAAUCUGGGUGUAGUGGUAGUUUUUGUGUUGAUAAAUAGCAUAAAUACAUAUGUGCAAUCAU